AUGCUGCCGGCCAAGGUCAAGCUCGACACCAACAUGACCAAACUGGCAGAGCGACGCACGGCUUGGACGUUUAUCCGGGCGCUACUGUGGAAGAACUGGCUAAUUAAAAGACGCCACCCCAUGGCCACCGCGUGUGAGAUCCUGGUACCCGUACUAUUCAUCAUCCUUCUGGGCGUACUCAAGAGCACGACAACGACUGUGGAUGUGCCAUCUGGAUGGAGUGAUACAACCGCGUCCGCCGGCGACGCAGCUAUCGGGACGAGCUACAACCUGUUCCAACCGUCCGGACAAACCGUCGAGUGGGUGAGCGCUGAUAUGCCCAAGUUCGCAUUGCACGAGUCAUCCAUGACCGGACUAAUCCUCAAGCUCGGCGUGCAGUCGGUGGACGACGCAAUCCGUCUCGACGAACUAUCGACAGCAAACCAGGCGACGUGUUCGAGUGGUGUCAUAACCGGCGGACUCGUUGAGACCAACACCUCGUCGCCCUACCGUGUACCGACCGAAUGUGCUGACAAGGUGUCGCCGUACAAGAUCGGCAUUGCCCCGGAUAAUGCCUUCACUCGCAACUAUUUCGCAUCGGUCAUGGACCUGUGGUAUCCGCGCUUGGACUUGAUAAACUCGACGUUGACCGUUCCAUCGUUCCUAGAGAGCGUCAUGUUCUUUGACACAAACGACGCGUUGACGGACUACGUGAAGAGCGACGACUACGGAAAGGGCAUUAGGAACCCGCGUAUCUACGCCGGUAUCGUGUUUGACUCAGUCCCGCUUGGCGACGACAUCGGGUCGUUCGCGUCUAUCGAGUACUCGCUGCGAUUAAACUCAACGCUUGGUGACUCUGUUGGUCGUGUGCCGGGAACGAGCGGUUCCGUGAGAGACACGGACCCGUUCCAGACGAAAAUUAACACGGAUUACUACUCACGCUACACCGUGACGGGCUUUAUGACGCUGCAGACACUCGUCACUCGUUUUGUGUCAUGUAUGCCGGAGUGGAGCUCGGCCAACCAGUCUACUACAGGCGAGUGUCAGCGACCGCAGUCGAUGGCACUCGCCUCGACCAGUCUGGACGAUACGCUCCUAGAAUCGCUGAAUGACGACGCGUUGAUCCAGGAAGUUUUGAACACUGGCCUUGUCGCUGGCGAGUCGUCCUUCUCAAACAUGUUGGCCGGCUUGCCUGACACCACGAGACAGCAACUUCUGGCUCCAUUACGACAAGCCCCGCAGUCCUACAUGGGCUCCACAGUGACCCCGUUCCCUGUCGACAGCUUCGCGAGCUCGUCGUUCUAUGACACCGUGUCCAAUGUGUUCUCGGUGAUCUUCGUGCUGGCAUAUCUGUUUACAAUCUCGCGGAUCCUGGUCGUGUUUAUACAGGAGAAGGAGCUCCGACUGCGUGAGUUUAUGAAGAUUCUCGGUGUGACGGAGAAGACGAUCACGAUCACCUGGUACAUUACGUACACCGUCGUGCUCUUCGCUGGUGCCGUCGUCCAAGCUCUUGCGGGUCUUGCUGGACUGUUCGUGAACAGUUCCGUGAUCCUGACGUUCCUGUUUUUCUUCCUCUUUGGAAUGACUGUCCUAUCGCUUGCGUAUCUCGUCAGUACACUCUUCAACAAGGCGCGUGUCGGCUCCUUCGUGGGCAUGUUAAUUUUCUUCUUCAUGCAUGUGAUUUCGCAAGGUUUCUCGGAUGGAACAUCCGAAUCGACCAAGACGAUCGGCUGUAUCUUCUCGCCCGUAGGUCUCGCUCUGGGUGUGACGGUACUUGCUGACGCCGAGACGACAGGUGCAGGUGUCACGUUCUCUAACGUGAGUGAACCGAGUAACAACUUUCGUUUCAGUACGGUACUCUUCAUGUUUGCUUUCGACACGGUCCUGUACACUCUGAUCGGACUGUACUUCGACAAGGUGAUGCCGAAGGAGUACGGUACAUCGCUCAAGUGGUAUUUCCCCGUGUCACCGUCGUACUGGAGAGGCCGUCGCCAACGCGCUGCUAUGACCCGCACCCAGGGGCCUCUUCUCGAGAAUGUGUCACUGAAUAUGAAUCCGAACAUUGAGCCAGUGAACGCUGAGCUCCGGGAGCAAGAGAACAAUGGAGAAGCUCUAACAGUACAGAGAUUGAAGAAGGUUUUCCAAGUUCCGGGAGGUGAGAAGAUUGCUGUGAAAGGACUUGAUAUCACUAUGUACAAGGAUCAGAUCACCUGUCUACUGGGCCACAACGGUGCUGGUAAGACCACGUUGAUCUCCAUGCUCACGGGAAUGGCUGCCCCUUCCAGUGGAAACGCAACGUACCGUGGUUUGUCGAUCAACGAGGACAUGGACGAACUACGGAAGUCGCUCGGUAUCUGUUUCCAGCAUGACGUUCUGUUCCCAGAGCUUACGGUCCAGGAGCAUCUCCAGUUCUUCGGACAGAUUAAGGGUUACGUGAAUGAAGAGCUACAUGCUGUGGUGGACAGGCAGAUCCGUGAAGUUGGGUUGACCGAGAAGCGCAAUUCGAGACCCAACGAUCUGUCGGGUGGCAUGAAGCGUAAGUUGUCAGUAGCUGUGUCGCUGCUGGGUGACAGUUCGUUGGUGUUCCUCGAUGAACCAACGUCAGGUAUGGACCCGUACAGUCGUCGCAGUACGUGGGAGAUCCUGCUGAACAACCGCAAUGACCGUGUGAUGGUGCUGACGACGCACUUUAUGGACGAGGCCGACAUUCUAGGCGACCGCAUCGCUAUCAUGGCUGAAGGUGAACUGCGCUGCUGCGGGUCGUCGCUGUUCCUGAAAAACCGUUUUGGUGCCGGCUACAAUCUGACUCUUGUGAAGGAUGAUGCCAAGUGUGAUGACAAGGCUGUGUCUGCCUUCGUCACCUCGUUCGUCCCAUCCGCGCAACUACUCAGCAACGUCGGCAGCGAGAUCGCGUUCCAGCUGCCGUUGCACAGCUCGUCCAAGUUCGCCACCAUGUUCGCCGAGAUGGAUCGUCAGUUGAAGACACUCGGUCUUCUGUCUUACGGUGUAUCGGUAACUACGCUGGAAGAAGUGUUCAUCAAGGUGGCCGAGUUGGGUGAUGAGAACAACCAACACACACUUGGCAAUCCUGUAGGAACCAACCACUCCGAGUCCAGCGAGUAUGAGCCAUGCGACGAGAUCAUCACAUCCACUCCCGUAUUUAGCACUCAUCUGCGCGCGUUGCUGCUCAAACGCUUCCGGUACGCCCGACGUGACAAGAAGACGAUCAUUUACAGCGCUUUGCUGCCAGUUCUGCUGAUCGGUGCUGGGUUGGGGAUUCUCAAAGGAAGCGCCCUUGCUUCCGACAACCCAUCUAUGGCAUUGUCGACGGACGAAUACUCCGGGAGCGAGACCCCGACGCCGUACUUCUGCCAGGCUGGUUCCGGUACGGGAGAUUGGUGUAGUGAGGUGAUGGGGUCGACCUUCUUCUCGGGAGCUGCCGCCCAAACACUCGCAGUCUCGCAACCAGCAUUCGACUCGAGCUCCCCCACUGUGUUCGACGUGAGCUACACGAAUCCGACGAUCAACGCGAGCGGAUACACCGGCUACAGUGUGGCAAUGGGCCAGGAGCUUUAUAACCGUGGGUACGGCCACGAUGCCGAUCUUGUUGAGGGGCAGUACGGAGCCUAUCUUGUGUACGGCGAUGGCGACCAAAACCUGCUCGGCUACAAUGUGUUCACGAACACUAGUGCUCCCCAUUCGUCUGCGAUCUUCAAAGCGAUGAUGGACCAAGCAGUUUAUCGCUUCUUCGCCGCCAAUACCUCGAGCGAUUCGGAUUCUUCUGUGGGUCUCAAGGUGAACAACUAUCCUCUCCCAGUGACCGCUGCCACGAAGGCAUUCUCUGGAUCGGGUAUCGCGUUUGUGGCUUGCAUGUUCAUCUGCAUCGCGUUCACGUUCCUCCCUGCUUCCAUCGUGGUGUUCUUGGUUAAGGAGAAACAAACGGAGCACAACUCGAAGCACCAGCAGCUCGUCUCGGGCGUGUCGUUGCCUGCUUUCUGGAUGUCAAACUACAUUUGGGAUCUGACCAUGUACAUCGUUCCCUGCGUGUGCGCUCUCGCGUUGAUCUACGUCUUCAAUGUGUCGUCCAUGACCGGCCAAGACUGCAAUAGCUGUACAUCCGCCACGUUCCCGGCUGUGAUUCUCCUUUUCAUUCUCUUCGGACUCGCCAUUUGCCCGUUCACGUACUGCCUGUCGUUCCUGUUCGAGGAGCACGCAGCUGCACAGACGUACACGAUCAUGAUCAAUUUCGCUAUCGGCGUGGUGCUGAUGAUAGUGUCGUUCAUCAUGAGUGUGAUCGGCUCGACGUCUGACGUUGAUUCAGUGCUUGUCUUCAUCUGGCGCCUCUCUCCUCUGUUCAAUCUGGGCACGGGGUUACUGCAGUUGGUUGUGAACGACAUCACGUACAUUCGCUUCACCAAGGACGAGAAGAUCAGCCCAUUCAGCGCGGAUAUCAUGGGCUUCGAGUUGGUUUAUCUGUUGGUGACGGCGAUCGUGUACAUGACACUCGCGGUGUAUCUCGACUACUCGCGAACUUUCCCCAAGGUGAAGAAAGACAAUAGCGACAUUGAUGACAGCGAUAUCGCUAUCGAUGAGGACGUCAAGAAGGAAGCGGAUCGUGUGGCUGGCGGUGGGGCUGAUGGAGACGCUGUGAAGCUCGUAGGGCUGCGUAAGGUGUACCCGGGAGGCAAAGUGGCUGUUCGUGAUCUCUCGUUCGGCUUGAAGCGAGGUGAGUGCUUCGGCUUCUUGGGUAUCAACGGCGCCGGUAAGAGUACGACCAUGAAGAUGCUGACAGGCGACGUCCCUCCGAGCUGCGGCACGGCUACGCUUGGUGGCUUUAAUAUUCUUACGGAACAGAUUGAGGUGCGUCGUCAGAUCGGAUACUGCCCCCAGUUUGACGCCUUGUUCGACUUGCUCACUGUGCGCGAGCAUCUGGAACUCUUUGGGGCUAUCAAGGGCGUCCCCCAGUCUUCGCUUGAUCGCGUCGUCAUGGAGAAGAUCCAGCAGUUGAAUCUAGGCGACUUUGAGAACAAACUGGCUGGAAGUCUCAGUGGCGGCAACAAGCGCAAACUCUCGGUGGCUAUCGCGAUGAUUGGCAGUCCUGCUAUCAUCUUCUUGGACGAACCGUCCACUGGUAUGGAUCCAGUGUCUCGUCGAUUCAUGUGGGACGUCAUCGCCGAUAUCUCCACUCGUGGCAAGGAGUCGACGAUUGUGCUGACAACACACAGCAUGGAGGAGUGUGAGGCGUUGUGCUCUCGUGUCGGCAUCAUGGUUGGCGGUCGUCUUCGCUGCUACGGAAGUGUUCAGCACUUGAAGUCUCGAUUUGGAGACGGGUUGAUGUUUGAUGUCAAACUGGACACGCCUACGGCCGAUGAGCUCGAGUACCUGCUUCAGCAUGUAUUUGGCGACGGUAGCACGUACGUGACGCAAACGGAGCUGGAAAGUAAGUGUCGGGCGUUCGGCAACGUCGACCUCGCGGGGCGGAUCACUCCUUCGCACCCUACCGGCUACAGUCUUGCUGCUGCGAUGGAGCGUGAUGGCUUCAUCCGCGCCGAGGCUUUCUGCUCGUGGUGUGGCGAGGAAACACGCUUCGACACAUUAAACGAUUACCUUGUCAACGCGUUUGGCUGUGAUGGCGUGCUGGUGAUGGAGCGCCAGAACGACUUCUGCCGAUUCAAAAUAUGUGGGUCGGACAACAAGGUAAAGCUCUCCAAGAUGUUCGCGCUCGUCGAGAAAGUGAAGACGGAUAUGCACAUCCGUGAGUAUAGCGUCUCACAGACGACGCUGGAACAGAUUUUCAACUCGUUUGCCAGCCAGCAAGAAGAGGAGAAGGGCGUCGCUCGUGGCGUCUUCCAGGCGUAG